AUGCGCAAGUCGGAAACUCACAGCAGUGACGAGCGGCUUGGGAUGAUGCAGCGGACUUUGGGCUCAAGUGCGAACCAGGCAGGGGUCAACUCGGUCAACUGGGCCAGCUGGGCCAACUGGGUCCGCCAGCGCAGCGCAGCCGCGUCGGCGUCGGCGUCGGCGUCGGGGGGCCGGUUGGCCCAUAAGCCCAGCCAUCAAUGGCCCCACCCCAAGUGGACCCGACAUGGACUGUUCUAG